UUAUAUGAACUGUACGAUAUAGAUACAUGUUUGUUUGCCUUUUGGUUUCUAAGCAACGUAAUAUCUAACCACUGCUGUCUGUCAAAACAUGCAAUAAACUACUGCGUAGACAAAUCUUGCGUAUGUUUAUUAAAGGUGUUAAAAAUAUAAUAAGAUAUUCGUUUGUUGCUAUGUUUUCAACAGACGUCAAUCAUGAGCGCAAUAAUCAGUCAAUUUUUGAAGAGCAACAAGCUAAACUACAAAAGAUCCAGGAGCUUACGAAUAUGUUAAAGGAUACUAAUGAAAACUUAACAAUAUGCGAGGAAAUACUGACAACUUAUUUGAGGAAACGAUUGAAGGCUAAAAAUGAGGAGAUAAAACGUCGCAACAUGUUAGAGAAUAAAAUGACCGAAAUUUUAGAAAAUUUAAAAACACGCUUACUGAUCGAAUAAAAUAAAAAAUAUAUAAACAUACGUUAAAGAAUAUGUAUUCUGCCAUUUAAUAAUGUUCUUCGCAUUCACAUGUAUAGUAUCAUCAGAAAUUGAUUUAUUUCAAAUUAUCUUCACUAUUAAAAAUAUAAGCUAAAAGCGUUACGUAUAGUUUGCCAAUGUGUAAAAAUAUGAUUAUUUAUUUAAGAAAUGUUAAAAAAAAUAUAUUUAAUCGAUAUUUCGAUAAUAUAAUAAAAUGAACAUUUUUAAAGAGCAUUUUUA